AUGACUUGUAAGUCAAUCAAAGGAAGUAUCAUUGCGGAUUAUUUGGCAGCAAAUCCUAUAGAGGAAUACCAACCUAUAAAUUUUCAAUUCCCCGGUGAGAAGGUUCUUAUGGCAGAAGAGGAAGAACAAGGGGAAGAGAAAUGGAAGAUGUAUUUUGAUGGGGUAGUGAAUAUUUAUGGAAGUGGAUUAGUAGUAUUGGUAUCCCUAGAGGGUAGACAAUUCCCAUUAGCCAUCAAAUUAGGCUUUGACUGUACCAAUAAUAUGGCUGAGUAUGAAGUAUGUUUAAAUGGCUUACAAGCUACCGUGACAUUAGGCAUUAAGGAACUUGAUGUUUUCGAAGAUUCCGCUCUUGUUAUUUAUCAAGCAACUGGUGAGUGGCAGACUAAGGAUUCCAAGUUAAUUCCAUAUCAAAAAUAUCUCACCCAGUUGAUUAAUAAAUUUGACAAAGUGAGAUUCCACCAUUUAUCUCGUGAUAAGAAUCAAUUCGUUGAUGCUUUAGCGAUACUAGCUGUCAUGGUUAAGCUGGAUUGUGGAAUUCAUGUUCAACCAAUUAGGAUUGAGGCUAAAAUUAAUCUUGCAUAUUGCUUGAAUGUUGAAAAUGAAAUGAAGGCACAUCCAUGGUUCCAUGAUAUAAAAAGUUACAUAAAAAAGCAAAGAAUACCCUUUGGAAGCAACGGAAAAUGA